UGGACCGCGCGCUAAGUUCUUGCGGCAGUAUUUUGCGGGACAUUCGCGGGAGAACAGCUUUGCCAGCAACUAUUUACAUUUAUGGCAUUUAUUUGAGGUACUUGGCAAGCGGUAGCUGCGUGUUAUUAGUACAACCUUUACAGUUUGUUGGCUGCACACUACUAGACCGUUUCCUAGCUAGCUAGACAGCUAACGUUAACAACAUAACUGGCAAACAUUUUGCAAGAGGUCUGUCGUUUUGAUACAAAGUGUCUAAUAUGGCAACCAUAUGUCACCCAAGACGUGCCCUGAUGGAAAUCCCAGCUCCACAGCCGAAAAUUGCAGCUCGAAUGAAAAGGUCCUACCUGGAGGUUCUAAGUUCAUGCAUAGCUCCAUUCUCAACCACUUCUAGAGGCAGAAACCUGACCAGCAAUUCAAAACGUGGGCAUUCAUUGGACCCAGCCAUAUACAGAACAGGGAGUAGUCGGAGUGAGGCCCAAGGUGAAAGAAUGGAAGACGACCAGACACCCUUGUCCAACCAGCAGCUUGUGCAGCUCAUAAGAUCUUUCAUCCUAGUAGAACAGGGGCAGAGGCAGGAGCCCAGAGCCCUCACUACAGACCUGAAGCCUUUACAGGAGGACUUGCACCUGAAGAAGACCAAUGUCUACAGAUCUAUACCCUACUCACGCCUGGGGUCCAACAGAGAUGCACACUGUUACAGAAAGGCAUAUCCACACCUGGUGGUGUUUAAAGUUUCCUGCCAGGAGUGGGGUCAGCUGCUGCUGCAGAACGAGGAGUGGGAGUCUGCUCUGGAGCACACCCUAGUGGCGUGGAGGUACACCAGUGAGCUGCCACAGUGGGACACCAGCAGCCACAACUUGGUGAGGGAACAGUGUUACAGCAUGCUGGCAGCCCACUGCAUCACUGCUCUACAGCACUACUGCCCAGACCCCAGCAAAGCCAUAGAGCUGCACAGGAGGUUUAAAAUGGCACAGCUGCACAGUCUGUUGAUCUCUCCUUGUAUUCAGGAGCUGGAGAGAAGCCUCGGUGAAGCACAGGUUUGUUCCAUGAACACCCACUGAAAUGGCCAACCUGCUGAAAUGGCCAACACUAAGAUCAGCUGACAACCAUCAGCACGGCUUCCAAGUCUAUGGGGUUGCACUAUUUAAACAGCGUAUAUCAGUAGUUGCCAUUCAAUUAUGUUUGGUAUCCUUGCCUUGUGUUGCGCUAUUCCCCCUUGCCUUGUGUUGCGCUAUUCCCCCUUGCCUUGUGUUGUGCUAUUCCCCCUUGCCUUGUGUUGCGCUAUUCCCCCAUGCCUUGUGUUGCGCUAUUCCCCCUUGCCUUGUGUUGCGCUAUUCCCCCUUGCCUUGCCUACAGUAUUCCCUCAGAGUAAAUACAAGAGAGCUUUGAAUUUUGGUAUGCUGUUUUUUUUAAAUAUGAAUUUAAGCUUUUUGUAUUUAAGUUGUUUUGUAAAAUGUGUUUAUUGCCAUUGAACUAUUGAAUGUUAUCAUAAGGAAAUUAUGAAAUGGCCUUUAAAAUGUGAAAUGCUGUCAGAGAAAUUAUGAACUGUCCUUUUCACCAAGAUGUUUUAUAUGUGGGGGAUGUUUUUGUGGAUGUGUUGAAAAAUGCCACGAUACAUGAAACAGCUGCCUUAUUUCAACUUGGCUGAAUGCUACCUGUUUUGUAAAUAUUUGUCUAAAGUAAAUGUUUUGCACUGUUUUCUUCAUCCUGGAAACUUGACAUUUUGAUAAAAUCGAAUCUAAUUUAAUAAAAUUCUACUUAGUUUUUCAA